CAUAAUCAAACUAUACAAUAAACAUGACUUCCAGCUUUUUGUAUGUUCUUUUCACUGUUUCUUGUUUGGCAGCACUUGUCUCAAUUUCUGAAGCAUGCUUCGCUUCGGGAAUCUGUGGAGGAGGAUGUCCUCCACCACCACCUCCAAUGUGCUCGGGAGGAUGUGGAGGUGGAUACUCAUGUGGUUCAUAUGGAUGUUAUAGAGCCAGAGCUCGAGGAUCAAAGACUCUUUCUUUUAAAAAACCAAGUGAAAUGAACCCAGAUGAGAGAUUCAUGAAGUGCUGUGAAGAUCGUAACCUGCCAGACUCUUGCCUCUCAAAAUGCUCUUACCGUUCAUACACCAAAUCAGCUCUUCAAUCAAUGUACUUCAAGCAAGACUCGUGCCCAAUGCAAGCAGCCGCUGACAUUCAAUUCUGUGCUGCUCAAGGAAAAGAUCACACCGCGUGCUGUGCUAGAAAUGCAGUUGGAACUACAUUAGCUGGUAAUAAGUGCUUCACCUUCUGUGACCAACGUCCAGGAAACGUCACUCAACUUGAUAUGAGCUACUUGGCUUGCUAUGACCGUUUCGAGAACAUGAAAGCCUGUUUCUACCAGAAGGCUUCUGAAGCUUCCGAUCCAAUAGUCUCAUUCAGCAAUGAUCGUGACAACAACAGAGAAUUUGCAGUUGACACUGAAACCGCCGAAUUCCGCCGUCCAUCUCAAGAGCACUUCAGAGCCCCAACUUCUCCACAACUCCCACAAAACCCACUUUUUGCUGUCCAAAACUUGCUUGCCAGAACUUUCGGACAAUAAUUGACACGAAUUGCACCGGUUUUUGUACAUUUUGAGUUUUGUAUGAACUGAUUUGAUUAAAACUAAAUAAAUUUUAUAAGUCUGUAUGAACUACAAAAAGGAACAAUUUAAAACUACAUACUUCACACAUCUGCCAAUCAGUUGUGCAUAUUA